CCGCAUUCCAUCAUGAGCGUCCCCGAGCUGGGUUCCCACUGGCACCGACGCUGCCCCGCCCGCUGUCCACCAUGACCGAGACACAUCCCCAACCCUUCACCGACGCCUACCUCCCCGGCCCACAAUCCACCAAAUUCUACACGCGCACCUACCAGCCGCCCUCCUCCUCCCCGCCCUCCGCGGUUGUCGUCUUCGUGCACGGCUUCAUCGACCACGUCGCGCGCUACACAGACUUCCACGCCGCGCUCGCGCGUAGCGGACUAGUGGUGUUCGCGUACGACCAGCGCGGGUUCGGGCGGACGGCGCUGGACGAGAAGGGCAAGGAAAGGCGGGACACGGGCAACCGCGGGUAUGCGAAGACGAGCUGGCGCGAGCAGCUCGAGGACGUGGAGUGGAUGGUGAAGCAUGCGCGGGAGCAGUUUGGGGCGCUGCCGCUGUUCUUGAUGGGGCAUUCUAUGGGGGGAGGGUUGUGUAUAGCGUUCAAUACGCGCACGUCGGCGCCGCCCUCGGCGUCGACCGUCUCGCUCCUCUCAGGCGUGAUCGCGUGCAGUCCUCUCUUGCGCCAGACCACCCCGGCCUCGAGCGUGCUGAAAUGGGUCGGCGGGAAGGCGAGCAAGGUCAUGCCGUACAUGACCAUCCCCGCUGAAGUAAAGGCGGAGCAACUCUCGCAUAACCCAGCCGUCGUGGAAGCUGCGAAGGCGGACAGUUUUGUCAAGUACGUCGGAUGCCUGAAGGGCGUCAGUGACAUGCUGGAAGGGGGCGCGCUGCUUGUUACCCGAGAUUACAAGAAUUGGCCCGUCAACCUUCCCCUCCUGAUCUUCCACGGAACAGCUGACGAAGUCACCGACCCCAAAGCCUCGCAAGAAUUCAUCGAGCGAGUCCCCGCAAAGGACAAGACAAUCAACCUCUACCCAGGCGCAUACCACGAGCCGUGGCACGAGACGGUGCCCGAGGGCGUGAGCGACCAGAUGGUCAGGGAAGCUGCUGAGUGGAUCAAGGCGAGGUCUGCUGAGGGAGAGGGGAGUAGAGAAGAUAGGGCGAAGUUGUAGUGAUCGCGUUUGGUACCGAUACGUACCCCCAUUUCGCCGAGCACACCCUUUGUAUACUACCGACCAGCGCAGCACGGAGAAUUUUUCGAGUAGAGGGAGCAGGGAUGCAUUAUCAAAAGCCCGUACAUAUACCGGCGUGCACGUAUCAAUCAAUCAGGACACGACAGCUAUCCUCCUUCCCCACUUAUGCCGCAGCCUCCGCCCGAUCCCCCUCUUCUCCUCCCCACCAGGCUCGGGCUUGCCGAACAUCCGCGCUAGCAAUCUGCUCGUAAUCCCCCUCUUCUCCUGCGCAUCCUUCGUCACCACAUCGGGCUUGACGAACAUCCCGCUGUCGCGCACCGGCUUCCGCGCGACCCACCUCUCAACAGCCCUGACGAGCUGCCUCUCGCCCCAGCGCAUGAACAUGCUCUCGCGCGCCCACACGCCCGUCGUCCACACCGCCAGGGGGCCCUCCCCCUCCCCUCCCCCCUCCGCUUUCCGGCGCGAAAAGAAGCGGCGCCUACCGUUCAUCCGGUUCGCCAACACGACGUCCGUGAAGACGCGG